UUUUUUCCACAACACAAAAAUCAAAACAAACAAGCCGGGGCCAGCAUGGUUGACACGGACGUGCAAAUUCGCCUUGCUUGCGACCGGAUUCGUCCAGCUCAGGUGUCCGAGACCGAUUUGCCCAAACUUUUCACUCCCGGCGAGGACAUUCCAACAUGCGCCGGCUUCAUGAGAGGUCAUGGCACGUACACCGAGGGCGACGAUUUGAAGGCCUCCGUGGCUGGAGUGAAGGAGCAAGUCAACAAAUUGAUCUCAAUCAAGCCCCUGAAGAGCAGGUACAACGGAGAGAUCGGAGACGUGGUCGUCGGCAGGAUAGUUGAGGUGCAGCAGAAGAGAUGGAAGGUGGACACCAAUGCGAGACUCGAGUCUGUUUUGCUGCUGUCCUCGGUCAACCUUCCUGGUGGUGAACUGAGAAGGAGAUCUUCGGAAGAUGAGAAAAUGAUGCGAAAGUAUUUGCAAGAGGGAGAUCUCAUCAGUGCUGAGGUGAUGAACGUUUUCCAGGACGGAGCCCUUUCACUGCACACAAGAAGUUUGAGAUAUGGAAAGUUGUCGCAAGGAGUAUUGGUGAAAGUCUUCCCUUCAUUGAUCAUGAGGCGGAAAAACCACUUCCACAGUUUGCCUAACGGAGCUGCCGUCAUUUUGGGCAACAACGGGUUUGUGUGGAUUUGUCCUGCUGGCGGUCUCGACCAUCAGGAAGAUGGAGGUGUGGCAGGAGGAUUCGUUCAAGAUUUAGAAAAGGAAGUGCCAAAGGCAGACAGAGAAGUAAUUGCCAGAUUGAAAAAUUGCAUUUUAGCCCUUGCUAGUUCAAAGAUGAUGCUUUACGACACAUCAAUCAUUUAUGCUUACGAAGAAUCUAUGAAAUACACAAUCACUGAACUUUUGCAGCCAGACGUGAUGAACGAGGUCACUAAUUUAACACAACACAGACUUCAAUUGGAUAUUGCUGAAUAAAAAAAUAUGAAGAAAUAUACUUUUUUAAAUGAGAACAGCGUUUUUUAAUUGUAA